AUGGAUUACACCUCCACGGAGUCUUUACAAGGCCGUGAGAUUUAUGUUUGGUAUGACAGAUUUAUUCUUUGAAACAAAAAUACAGUUUAUUCAUGUUUCUCCUAGUACAAAUGACUCACAAUUUAUGUUAGUCUACUAUGUGGUAAUUGUGAAAUCGGUCAGUUGGAAAAAUUUGUCUAUAAAUUUGUGUAGAAACAAAUUUCUGUUUCGGCGUACUUUUUUUAAUAUUAGAGUUCGGCGUUUGUAAAAAAAAUGGACAUGGAAAUGGAAGAUAUAAUGUGGAAACAAAUUUAUCAGAAAUUACAGGCACAAAAAAGUACUGAACAUGUACAAAGUGAACACGAACUCAGAAUUGUACAGGUGGACGGUGGAUUUUUCGAGAAAUGGGGCUCGUUAUUCAGAGAGCACGCCGAAUACGUGGCGGAAAAGGAAAAUUUGGAAAAGAAGAUAGUUGCCGAAGCGGCAGCGGAAAUUUCGCCUGAAAAAUUAAACGAAGAAAUCGAUUCGGAACAACCUCUACCAACUGUAGAAAGUGAUGAGGAUUCCGUUGUUUCGACGGAUUCAGAAGGAGAAACAGAAAAAGAUCAAUCAGAACUUAUAGCGGCGGCAUGGAAUAUAGACGAGCUCUAUCGCGAAAUCUUAUACGAAAUCCUUCAUAAUGUCGGUUGUGACGUCAACUGCGAAAUCGGCCAAACUUCGUUAUUUUUUUACGCCCAAGACGCUUUCAAAAUUUCCAACGACAAACACAGAUUACUCAUGGAAGAAGCCGAAAAAAAAGAAGCGCCAUCUCUCUUGAUUAACGUUGAGGUUAUCGAAGCAAAAGAUCUACGACCGAAAGAUUCGAAUGGAUUCAGCGAUCCGUUCGUCACGUUAUAUUUAGCAUCGAAUACAACUCACAGAUACAAUACGUCUGUCAAACCGAUGACGUUAAAUCCUAUUUGGGAAGAACAUUUCGCUUUACCGAUAAGUGAAAAUGCCUCUGAAGACACAUUAUGCUUAGAAGUUUGGGAUUUCGAUCCGGCUGAAUCGGUAAAAGAAAAACUCGGGAAAGUGUUUGACGUGAAGGGUCUUAAAGGGAUGAGGAAGUUGGUUAAAGAAAUCGCUGUGACAGCCACGUCUGGACAACACGAAAACGAAUUAAUUGGAAAAGCACAAGUCCCGUUAAGCGCGAUUCCAGCUUCGGGUAUGACAAUGUGGUACAGUUUGGACAAAAAAAACAAAUUAGCGCGCCAAGGUGUAUUGAAAGUUAGGUUAUCGUUCAGUUCGGAAAAAAAUAAUCAAGUAGCCGAACAAGAAUACAGACACCUGUUGAGGAUAAUUCUAUUACACGAGUUAGAAACGUCCAAGGUAGCGCCCCAUUGGUGGUGUGGUUCGUUCACUCCCCAAGGUAAUCAGUUACUCACCCAACACAUCGCGCAAUCUCGCAUCACCCCCACCGAAGCGUACGUUUGUCAGUAUUGCGUUUUCGCGGGUGUUCAUCACAAUCACGCUUUGAGUUUCGCGCUAUUCGCUAAUCUUCUGGAUAAACUCGUCAAACCCAUACAAACCGGCGGGGUUUCCGAAGAGGACGUCAAGUUAUUUUGGGACGCCACGAAAAAACUGCUUCCCUCUAGCUUCGCCGUUAUCAGGAAGAUCCGGAAGAAAAACGUCAACGAAAAAACGAAAAUGAAACAAGUCACCGAGGUAUUGAAAAUACUCCGACACGUUAUUUCGUUGGAACCUCCUCCAUCUCUAGAUCUAUUUCCGGUCGUUAGUUACCCUUGGAUAAGUUAUCGAGGUGACGAGCCGAAUAACGACAUCGCGUCGACUUUGAACGAUGCCGUCACGCAGGGCGCUAACGAUUGGUUGAAUCACAUUUUAGAUAAUAACAAGCUACCCGAUGUAUCGGAUGUGACAAAGAUGCAAAAUAUGAUACAAAUCAUCAAUUUGAUCAGGAGCGAUCUUCAAAAAUCGAUCGAGUUCUAUGAUAAACUGUUUCAAGAGACUGUGAAUUUUCAAUACGCCAAAGCGAUUUACGUAUUUUACCAAGCGAAAUUAUCCUCAAUAUGCGAACCGGAAGUACGAGAAAUCUGUAAAAGUAUGAAACAACUCAACUACCCCGGGUAUAAUACCCAAUCUACCAUAAACGACGCUGUAGAUCCUUUAUUAGAAGGCACUUCAUUGUUCGAAUUGUACUUGGCUAUUCAACGAUUCGCUACACUCGGUGUCGGUUUAUGUCCGGCCGAUUGUGAUAGUUUUCAUAUAAAAAAUUUCCACAAUUGGUUCCACGACGGGGUGGCUCGGUGGUUGGACGUCGCCGUUUUUAAAGCUUUACAGCGGAUUGAAAAAGCCGUGGAAUUGGAUCAGUUGGUGCACGUUGAUCAUAACGUUCAAUACAGUUCUUCCGCCGUUGAUACCUUGACGAUAUUCUACCAGGUGAAAGUUUUCUGGGAACAGCUGAAUUGGCCGGACGUAGAAAGUUGUUAUAGUUUCAUAGCGAAAAUUAUCGACGAUAUAUGUAGAUGUUCGGUUUUUUACGCUGACAAAAUGGCGGCUAGGGUAGAAGGUCUCGGCGAUACUACAGACGUUUACGAAAAAAAAUUCGAAGUAACCAACGAAUGGUGUUUGGCCAUCAACAACAUCGAUUACGUCAGAGAAACGCUCGAACCUUUUACCAGAGAUCUUGGAAUGACGGAAGUGAUAAGGAAAAUCGGCGAAAUUAAAAGUCCGGUCGACGCCCAAAGGUGCGAACGCACUUUGGAUAACGUCAUUGCCAAUGCCGUCGAUACCGUCAAAAACAAAAUCAUCGAAUUAUUGGAAAUCGUCGUCAAAAAGAUGGCGCCGUCUAUGAAACGUUUACUGAUAGAGGGCGCGGAAUUGUGCGAGCAGGACUGUAACAGUAUCGAUCGUUUGAUGAUGUACGUCGAUAAUAAUUUGAGUACUUUGAAUAGAGAAUUGAACGAGGAGAAUUUCAAUAGGACUUUGGAGUUGGUUUGGGACAUGUUGGCCGAAACAUUGGACGAGAUAAUACAGACUAACAUAGACAAACGUCGACCCCCUUCGUUUUUCGCGAAUCUUCAUAAAACUUUGAAUCUAAUGUUGGGUUCGUUCAAAAAUCCCGACGAUUGCACCAAUUGCGACGCACUGAAAAGAACUGAGGAUGUUUUACGAGUUUACGGACUAGAAACGUCGGAUUUGAUACACGAGGUUCACAAAAACCUGCAUAAAAAAUUUCAGUCAGCCGCCGCUGAUUCGCCUUUAGGGCAACUCACCGUAAUAGCCAAAUUUUCCGAUACAACCCUAUCCGUAAAAGUACUAAACGGCCGAAAUCUUCUCGCAAUGGACUCGAACGGUUCCUGCGAUUCGUUCGUAAGGAUCCAUCUGCUACCCGAACACAAAUUCGUCGGAAUCGACAAACCGAAGACGAAAACCCACAACCGGAAUCAGUUUCCUCUAUACGACGAAGAAUUCACUUUUGACCUGAGCUGCGACCAAAGGCAGAUACACGACGGUCUGAUUUUGUUCAGCGUCAAAGACAAGGAUCUGUUGGGAUACAAUAACCAGUACAUCGGGGAGGCUUUUUUGUCCUUUAGUGACCUAAAGGAUACUACCGAGUAUAUUUCCGGGUUGCCGCAAGUACAGUUGCAGCUUAAUAGACCGACUGAACAAAUUUUAUCAAGUUUAGAAAUACGAGCCUUGGAACAUAGACAGGGUGAUAAACAGGCUAAAGACUUUUUAAAAAAAAUUAGACAAAGAAUGGGGUCAUGAUCUUUACUCAACAGACUGCUAAAUUUUAGGUUCACAGGUUUUAGAAGAGACAGAGUCACUCCCAUUUUUCGAAUUUAACCGCCAAAUUAUUUUAGAUUUAUCGUUUUUUU